AUGUUUAGGGUUGAAGGUGGCAUUCCACCACUUGUUGAAUUGUUAGAAUCCAGUGAUGCUAAAGUGCAAAGAGCUGCAGCGGGGGCCUUGCGUACACUAGCUUUCAAAAAUGAUGAAAACAAAAACCAGAUAGUGGAAUGUAAUGCUCUGCCCACCCUUGUUCUAAUGCUUCAUUCAGAAGAUGCUGCUAUACACUAUGAAGCUGUUAGUUUCUGUACCAUUUCUUAA